CGCUGUACCCACAAACAUGUCUAUGGCUGUAGCAGGAGGAAUGCGGCUCUGCGGAGGAAAGAGGAGGGGAGCCUGGAUGGACCGGCAGUGACGUUGUUUGAACCAUCGGCCAUGGUGCAAAUAGGACUCCACCUCCUGCCACUGGUCCUAUGGCUUGGCACAGAGGAAAAGCUCCAAGUUCAAGGUCACAGAACAAAACCAGCUCAAACACCUUUGAUCCCUCAUCUGCCUUUUGUUAUAAUCUGGAACGCCCCUACCGAGUCAUGUCGCCUUCGAUUUAAGGUGGAUCUAGACCUCAGCAUUUUUGACAUUGUAGCAAACCUUAAUGAGACAUUAAGUGGACCGAAUGUCACAAUAUUCUACCAUGGUCAUCUGGGAUACUACCCAUACUACUCCAGCUCAGGUGUUGCUAUCAAUGGUGGCCUGCCACAGAACCAGAGCAUUUCCAAACAUCUGAACAAGGCCCGAGUAGACAUUGACAAGCUAAUACCACACAAGGAUUUUCGAGGCCUCGGUGUCAUUGACUGGGAGAACUGGAGGCCUCAGUGGGUACGAAAUUGGGGUUCCAAAGACAUCUACCGUAAAAAGUCCAAGGAACAGAUCCACAAGCUCCACCCACACUGGCCAGAAAGCAAAGUGGAAAAAGAAGCAAAGGAUCGUUUUGAAAAGUCAGGGCAAGCUUUCAUGAAUCUCACUUUGGCGCUGGCUGAAGCUCGGAGACCAGACGGUCUGUGGGGGUUCUAUCUUUUUCCAGACUGUUACAACUAUGGCUACAAACAACACCCACAAUGCUAUACUGGUGAAUGUCCCAAUGUUGAACAUGUACGCAAUGACCAUUUAAUGUGGCUCUGGAAAAAAAGCACAGCCCUCUACCCAUCCAUCUACCUGGACUUUGAGCUGAAAUCUUCCUCAAACACCAUCAAGUUUGUUCACUAUCGAGUGAAAGAAGCCAUGAGGAUUGCAACCAUUGCACAUACAGACUACACAUUGCCAGUCUUUGUCUACUCCAGACCUUUUUAUGCCUACACCUUUGUUGUGCUUUCAGAGAGUGACUUAGUUCAUACUAUCGGGGAGAGUGCUGCUUUGGGAGCAUCAGGUGUUGUCCUCUGGGGAUCAUCAGAGUAUGCUCGGUCAAAGAGGAACUGCCUUACUGUAAAGAAGUACAUUGAUGGACCGUUAGGACAUUAUGUCAUAAAUGUCACCGCAGCAGCUAAAUUAUGCAGCAAAGCACUUUGCAAGAAGAAUGGAAGAUGUGUCCGAAAGAGCCUGGACUCACGUUACUAUCUCCACCUCAACCCACGCUACUUUCACAUCCACCAUAACCCAGCCCCUGGUGGCCCUCGCUUUGAGGUAAGGGGUCACCUCAACAGCCAUGACAUUCUGGACAUGAGGCACAAGUUCACCUGCCAGUGCUACCAGGGCUGGACUGGUGUUUACUGUGAGAUCCCACAGACUCAGCCACCACCUCUAUCCCCUCCUGUCCUAAUUACACACCCUUGGGGCAAAAGCCUGGUGGCACAUAUUAUGCUCCUCCUUUCUGUCCACUUCCCCUGUCUGUGCAUUAUCAUGUUCUUGGGACUCUGUCUGGUCAUAAAAGGUCUUAUUCUGCAGACAUCAAAGAUAUCAUAACUCCAUGGUAUUUUCAGUGUUCAGUUAAACUAGUUAAGCUUGAGAGCAGCCCUCAGCAACCCUAAAUACAUUAACAGUCCAAUGACAAUAAUUCCAGAUUUGAUUUUUGAAUUGUAUGUCUGUUCCUAUCAUUGUACUGCUGUUGAUUACAAGGUUUCAAUGCAUUGAUUGGUUUUUGAAUAUGGACAAUUAUAAGAGCCCUGGAUGGACAGGGCCCCCCCACAAAAUAGUGUUGUUUUUUUUUGUUCAUAGAAAUAGAAAAAAAUUGGGGCCUUGUCGAUUACAAAAUUAAUCAUGUUCUGUUUUAAAAAAUUGUUUUUAGCAGUAAAAAUUACACGUUACCCCUCCUAGACCAAAAAGCACACGUCUAAAUUUGUAUUGAAUCCUUCCCUGGAUCUGCAUGAAAUGGUUUGUUCCUGAUUGGUGCGCUUAAAGGUGACGGUGUUCAGCAGCUCUAACCCUCGAUACCAGCAUAACCUUUAACCCCUGUCCCAGUGAAAUAGGUGAGCAACACUGUGUCCAAUGACAAGCUAGUUAGCAUCAUUCCAGGGAAUCUAUAGGGAUUUCUCAGUGUCUUUGCUCUUUUUACAAUUAUACAACAAAAACAAUAUAUAUAUUACUGACAGAAAUUCAAACAAUCUUUAUAUAAUGGCAAUAAAAAACAGCUUUCUGUCUGGACUGGGAGCAGUCCAAACAGUUUUACGUUAGCAUUUAAAUUACAGAUAUAUGUUGCCACGUCCCUCUUGACCUGUCCUGUCCUAAGAGAAAUUAAAGCUCCAGGAUGUAACUUUUAUAAAAAUAUUUUUUUUUGCAUAUUUUUUAAAACUGUCAUUAAAUUGUGAAAGUAUGGCAUGAGAGAUAAUCUGUGAAAAAUGUAUUUCCUCUGCCUUCUGCCACUGCUAUCUAGAAACAACCAAUCAGAGGCAGGAGGCGGGUUUAAGCGCUGUCAAUCACGAUCUUAUGUGGCUGCUCAUCUUCUCUGUCUCUCUCUCUCUGUGCUAUGCUGCAGCUAGCAUAGCCUGUUGUGAAUGCUCUGUCUAGUUAGCAUAGCUACCAAUGAUGGCAGAUAAACGGUUUUCCUGUAACUAUAAGUUUUUUCUCUGCCAUUAACACUGCAGUGCGUGAGGUUGAUUGACAGCACUAAGACUCUCCUCCUACUUCUGAUUGGUUGUUUUGGUUGGAAC